AUGACGACAUUGUGCAACACGUUGGAUCUUUCGUGGCUGAAUGAGUCCAUUGUCGAAGCUGCCCUGGACAACCAGCGUUUGAGUUUGAGUGAUGCAGGCCAUUUGGAUGAUUCUUUGCGUGCCGCAAAAGAGUAUGGUUCGAUGGAUGCAGAUGUGUCUGAACGUUUGCAUCAUAGGAUUGAAGAGCGUAAGGAAUGCCUUCUAGAAAAAAUGGUCGUUCAUGAGACUCGUCGAGUGACAAAACAACUUGGUUUGUAUGGACUUCUCAAGUCCCACCAAAAGUGGGGUCAAGUCCUUUGUAUGGCAGAUAUGCAAGGACAAGGAUCUUGCUUCACCAUGGUCGACUUUAAGGGACUUGCAACUGACCAAGUAGCACAAGCAAUGAGUGUCUUUCAUACCUAUCUACAAGAAAAUCCAGGCAAGCUGCCCUACACUCCACCCGGUGACGCCAAGAGCGUACAUGUACCAGUAGAAGAGGGUGCCAGGCCUCUGGUGGAGACCAAAGUUGCCGAGAAGGUAUGUCGAGCAUACACAAGGCUUUACAAGAGUCUUGUGGACCCAGACUUGGGAGGAUACAAGAAGGACUUUCUAGACCAAACUGUCCUGUACAACCCAGACCAACUCUUUGCCAUGCUGGGUGUCAGUCGCAGAAGUUCUGCAGAUUCCCACGAAGGGAUUGGCUACGACUGUACUAGCUAG